GGAAAAUAUUGAGGUUCAAGCUCGGUGCGUCGAUUCGUUACAAAACAGCGAGAAAGGAAGCGCCAUCAUCGAUAGUGAAAACAAAGAAGAUAUUACAACGGGGUUCGAAGCCUGCCCUAACCAAAAAACAAUUGGCGAAUUGCAGACAUCCUUUGGGAAGUUGUUCAGAAUCGGUACCAUAGAAGACGUUACGUGGACAACAGAAAUCCCGAUAAAACCGUGUUGUCUUUUAUUCGCACACCCUUGCUUUAUCAAAGAAAGAGGAACUAAUGGAAAUCAAGAAUCUAUGUCUCAGGUGUCAAAAUGUGAUGAACAAAAUGAAGAAGCACUUUGCAAAAAUACACUUAUGGUAGUCGAUACGUAUGUUAAUGAUACUGACCGUCGUCAUCUUGCAUCUUUUAUUGGUUGCGAACUUCCUAGCGAUAGUGGUGAUCCAAAGGUCUUAAAUUAUACAUUCAGUGGGUUGCAAAAUUUGGUUUUAAUCACAUCAUUAUUAUUGGGGAGAUCGAUUAUGGAAUGA